AUGAAGACGUCGAGGGUCGAUCCAAUCGUCUCACCGGGCCAGCUGUCAUCGCACGUCCACAACUUUGUCGGUGUGAACGGUGUCGACGCCAACACCACCACGGUGGAAGCGCUCGACGAGGCGUCGAGCUGUACCACUGCCAUUCUCACGGACGACAAAUCUUCCUACUGGGCGCCUCAACUGUACACGUACAAUACCAACGGCACCUUCAGCCCCGUCCUGCUUAGCUUCGUCAACACGUAUUACCUUAUGAGAGGCAACACAGACAUCACCGCCUUCCCAAGAGGUCUCAAGAUGGUAGCCGGGAACGCCAAGGCCACCGGACCCGCCGCUACAAAGCAGCUGCAGGAUGCCGUGUCGUUCGUCUGUUUGGAUUACACCAGCGGAAGUAAACGCACGGGCAGCUUCCCUCAGACCGUCUGUCCGCAGGGUCUGCGCACCCAGAUCGUCUUCCCUUCUUGCUGGAACGGAAAGAGCAUGUACGAAAAGGACAUGUCCCACGUCGUCUAUCCCAAAGGAAAUGCCGCCAAUAGUGGCACAUGUCCCGACUCGCACGCGAUUCGACUGCCUACUCUCUUCUACGAGUUCAUUUGGAACGUCGGUAAGACAAAUAAUCUAGACAACUCGUCUUGGGUUCUUGCCAACGGUGACGCCCUCGGUUACUCGUUCCACGCCGACUUCUUUGCCAAUUGGAACGAGACGACGUUGCAGGCCGCCAUCGAUGAAUGCUCAGGUCCUUUGAAUGGCAAUAUCGAAAAGUGUCCACCGCUGGCGCGUUCCAUCAAUCGCAAGGCGGCUUCCGCUUGCCGAGGACAGUCGACCGAACCGCUUACAGGUGCUUUGGCCUAUUUGCCUGGCUGCAACAUCGUCUACAAUGGGCCCAACGCAGGUCGAGGCUUGGCACCGGGAUGCGAUCCGAGCAAGGUUUCAAAUAUGCCAGCCGGCGGAAUCGCAUCUGGAAAAUCGACCGGCAGCAACGUUGCUGCCAGAUCCAAUGCGAUUGCCAAGCUGCAAGCCACGAGGUCCAGCAAUCGAAUGUAUACUAUUUCUGCUAACAUUUCGGACUCGGUUACUCAGGCCGAGAGCCACUCGAAGGCCAAAAGGUACAACGGCACGUCGAAUCGAAAGAGGCAACACGCAACGCGGUUGCCCAACAGUCACUGA